AGGGAGCAGCCCCGGGCUGUGUGCGGAUGGUGCUGAGGAGGAGGCGGCUCUGCUGUGUGAGAGCGCAGAGAGGCUUCAUUAAUAAAGGGUCGGGAGACAAGAUGCCCGAGUGCUAUCCCCGGGGGAGAGGCUGCCAUUCCCGGACAGCAGGAUAUAAAGGGGCUCCAUCCCUCUAAUACCUCACCUCUCCGUGUACCGCCCCAUGGAUCUGCCCCGUUAGCAUUCCACUCAGCUCUUCCAUCGCCCUUGCACCCUGACCGCUUGGAGCAGCACAGGCAGGUGGGUCUGGGGCACGGGGCAGCAGGAUGGGCAACACCGCAUCAUGCUGCGUGUCCUCCAGCCCCAAGCUGCGGAGAAAUGCCCACUCAAGGCUGGAGUCCUACCGACCCGAGCACGACAUCAGCAGGGAGGAUACGGGCCACAACCUGCAGCACAUCAGCGACCGGGAGAACGUUGACGAUAUGAAUAUGGAGUUUAACCCUUCUGAUCAUCCAAGGGCGAGCACAAUAUUUCUCAGUAAAUCCCAAACAGAUGUGAGAGAAAAGAGAAAGAGCCUCUAUAUCAAUCACCACCCUCCAGGACAGCUCAGAAGAAAGUAUAGCUCUUGUUCCACGAUAUUCCUCGAUGACAGCACGGUCAGCCAACCAAACCUCAAGUAUACAAUUAAAUGCGUAGCACUCGCCGUAUAUUAUCACAUCAGAAACAGAGACGGAGACGCGAGGUUGCUUUUAGAUAUUUUUGAUGAGAAACUUCACCCUCUGUCUAAAUCCGAAAUACCAUCUGAUUAUGAAAAGCAUGACCCAGAACAGAAGCAUAUUUAUCGUUUUGUCCGGACGCUCUUCAGCGCUGCUCAGCUGACUGCAGAAUGUGCCAUAGUGACCUUGGUGUACCUUGAAAGAUUGUUAACGUAUGCCGAGAUAGACAUUUGUCCAGCCAACUGGAAGAGAAUCGUUCUAGGUGCAAUUCUUCUGGCAUCCAAGGUCUGGGAUGACCAAGCCGUGUGGAAUGUGGACUAUUGCCAGAUUCUGAAGGACAUCACAGUGGAGGACAUGAAUGAGCUGGAGCGCCAGUUUUUAGAGUUGUUGCAGUUCAACAUCAACGUACCGUCCAGCGUCUACGCCAAGUAUUAUUUUGAUCUGCGCUCUUUGGCAGAAGGAAAUAAUCUGAGCUUUCCACUGGAGCCACUUAGCAGAGACAGAGCUUGUAAACUUGAGGCCAUCUCUCGAUUGUGUGAGGAUAAAUACAAGGACUUCCGAAAGUAUGCCAAGAGACGGUGUGUGAGCCUUGAUAACCUGACAGCAGUGCGAUGGUCGCCGGCCAUUUUAUCUUAACGGCAGUUCUCCAUGGCGGUCUUCACCAACUUGUACUGUUUUUGUGCAAACUAUUGUUUUCUUUUGUGUCUUGGAGGAAGAAGACAUGCUUCUUUUGUACUAUUUCAGAUUUGGUAAGCCUCCCUUACAGUGCCUCCCUGUCACAAGGAUGGGAUAACAUCACUCACUUUUUUGGAACCAUUUCUAAGCCAUUUCCAUAUUCCCCAUUGGUUCCCAUCGUAAUUCAGAAAGACAUCUUAAAAGGAUCAAGAAACGGGAGACCUAUACGAAAUGGCCCUUGCACAUCUGAAUCUAUAUUGUUUUCAACUUGGAAAUUCUCAUCUGGUUUAAUACCAAGAAAAUCAAACGGCAGUGUUAAGACUUUUGUUGUGUUUUAUUAUGACUUUUGUUUAUGUUGUGAGCUACUUGCUCUGUCCGGACCCAGGUUUUCACCAUGCGCAAUGUAAAUAUUGGGAUUUGUAGUCUUGUAUGCCUCGGAUUCUCGGAGGAGACCAAAACAAGUCAAACACGGAAUGUUUUGUAGUCAUUUAAAAUUUGCCAAGGAUGAGGAAUGCAAGCUCAAAGAUAAUUAAGCAAACGCGGGAUUCUUU